AGUGGACGAAAUCCAAUAAGAAUUUUUGUUGAAAUUCCAAGUGUUGUUGGUAUUUCGGUCAUAUAAAUAGCGCCAAAGAACGACAUGAAGUAGUGAACCGAAGCAAGAAGUAGACAAAUAAUUAAAUGUAAAUAAGAGCUCAAAUUUUAUUUUGGAAAUACGUUUACCGCGCCCUGAGCAACACAACAGCAGAGCUCAGUCGCCCGCCACCAUGGACGCUCUGAAGACAUCGUUUCUACCCAAUCUGAGCAUGGAUCCCGCCCUCGUAUCGAACACACAUUUCUGCCCCAUGUGUGGCCAACAGUUCGAGAGUCCCCAGCAGACCACGGAACAUAUGCAUCUGUGCCAUGGGGGGCUGAGUGUUGUGGCCGGUGUGGGUGGUGGCAGUAUAUUGUUGGCCCCGCAUCAUGUCUCGGCCAGUAUGUCGGAUUCGAUGAAAAUCGAUUAUCCCUGUCACAGUUGUGAUGAGAAGUUCGCCAACGAACAGGAUUUGGACGAUCAUCAUCGGCUGGUGCAUCAGGCGCCGGCAUUUUUGGCCCGCUGUCCCGCGUGUAGUUUUUAUGGUAUAUCACCGGCCGCCUUGCAGGGAGCCAACGAGUACAAGUGUAUUCAUUGCGGCUCCGUGUGUACACCCUCCGCCCUAGCAGCUAGUCAACCGGGUUAUGAGCCACAGACACCGGAGCAUAUGCCAACAAUGGCGCCGCACGAUAUGAAAUUAUCGAAUCAUGAGCUGUUGCAGCGUCAGUAUCAGGAGCAGGUGUCGAUUCUGCAGCAACACCAAGAACAGCAGGAGCAACAACAACAGCAGCAACAACAACAACAUUUGCAACAACAGGAACAUUUACAACAGCAGCAACAACAGCAUCAAGACCAGCAACAGCAUCAUCAAUCCCACCAUCAGCCACAGCAGCAGCCGGAUGAUAAUAGUCCACAUGAAAGCGUCCAAUUAAAAGUGCCACCGCUAACAGUCAAACUGAACAAAAGUGUCAAUGGUACUGCAACUGUGAUUCACCCGCAUGUGAUAAUCAAAGAGGAGCCCCUCAAUGGCGAUGGCAUGGAUGGGGGUUCACCAACAUCGGUGCCCGUCUAUACCAUACAACAGAAUCCCGGUGCUGCCACAAGUGUUGUGGUCAGUUCAUCGCACGAUCACUCCGCAGCCGUCCUUAGUAAUCAAGCUAGCACAAUAACGACAACAGCCAUCGUCGGUGGUGUACCGAAAGUGCGUCACAAGUGUCCCGAUUGUCCGAAGACCUUUAAGACACCCGGUACAUUGGCUAUGCACCGUAAGGUGCAUACUGGCGAAGCAGACCUCACACCGAAAGAACGCCCCUACACAUGCUCAUACUGUGGCAAAUCAUUUACACAAUCGAACACAUUAAAGCAGCAUACGCGCAUACACACAGGUGAGAAACCCUUUAGAUGUGGCUAUUGUGGCAGGGCGUUCACAGUCAAGGACUACUUGAACAAACAUUUAACAACUCACACGGGCGAGAAACCUUUCCAAUGCACCUAUUGCGAAAAGGCGUUCAGUGUCAAAGACUAUCUGACCAAACACAUACGCACACACACUGGCGAAAAACCCUAUACAUGCCCCUAUUGUGAGAAACGAUUUACGCAGCGCAGUGCUCUAACGGUGCAUACAACAAAGUUACAUCCGCUCUAGGAAAGGCCUAAUGGUGGUGGGGGUGGUGGUG